AUGUGGUCACUGAAAUACGAAGAUUUCAAAAUCUAUUGUAUUACAGCAGCAUCAUUAUUGGCUUUUGUUGUAUUAAGAAUUUUCAUUCGUGGAAAGAGCUACAAAAAAUAUACACGUUGCGAUGGAAAUGUUGUUGUGAUAACAGGCGGAAAUUCGGGUAUAGGAAAGGAAACUGCCAUCGAGUUAGCAGCACGCUUUCAAAAAGAAGAGAAACAACUUGAUAUUCUUAUCAACAACGCCGGUGUCAUGGCGAUACCAUUAUGUCGAACAGAAGAUGGACUUGAAAUGCAAAUGGGUGUUAAUCAUAUGGGGCAUUUUCUGUUGACAAACUUGCUGCUGCCGAUGCUGAAGACAUCACAGCCAAGUCGUAUUGUAAACGUGUCAAGCAUGGCACAUCGUUGGGGUAAAAUAAAAACGGAUGAUCUGAACAGCGAAAAGUCAUAUUCAAAUGUUUAUUGCUAUGCGAAUAGUAAAUUGGCAAAUAUUCUCUUCACGCGAGAGCUUGCAAGGAGGCUUAAGGAUACAAAAGUAACGGCAAAUGCUCUUCAUCCAGGCGUCAUAAAUACCGAACUCUCACGACAUACUGGUGAAAUAUCAUUUUUCUUCUCGAAAUAUUUCGUUAAGCCUGCAAUGUAUAUCUUUAAUAAGACACCAAAGCAAGGCGCUCAAACGACAAUUUAUGCAGCUCUUGAUCCUGAUCUUGAGAAUGUGAGCGGACAAUAUUUUUCUGAAUGUGGUUUCGAGAAAGUAUACGAGCAGGGCUUAGACGAUGACAUGGCUAAAUGGCUUUGGAACAUUAGUGAGAAAUGGACGAAACUCAGCUCGAAAUCAGAGUAG